AUGGGCGUCACUGACACCACGCAACAAGCCUUUGACCGAGCCCAAGAGCUCAAGCAAUUCGAAGAAUCCAAGCUUGGCGUCAAAGAAGUGGGGCGUGCAACUCAUGAGCUUGGCUUCUUCCAGGUGGUCAACCACGGCGUGCCGACAGAGGUCCUGGACCGCAUGAUCGCGGCGGUGAAGGCCUUCCAUGAGCAAUCGAUGGAGGCGAAGGCAAGGAUCUACCGGAGGGAGAUGGAGACCGGCGUGUCGUUCUUCUCCAACGUCGACUUGUUCCACUCCAAAGCGGCUAGCUGGAGGUCAACCCCGAACCACUUCAAUUGA